AAGCAAACGAAGGGAAAUGGCCGCCAGUGCUAAAAUCCAUCUUUACCGAGGGUAGUAGCGAAGAUACCAACCAAGCAUUCCGGAAUGACCCGCUUUUCGGGGUCCAUAAGCAUGGCCCAACCUGCACAGGCGAUGUACGGGCCCUUGUCUAUCCGCUCACGCAAGAAGCGCGAUAUUGUUAAAAUAUGGAAACUGCAAUGGCAGUAUCUCUUCGAUCAGCCUCGUUCGCAGUUUGUGCAGAUGGGGUUUCAUUUCGCGCAGCUCUCAAGUUAUGUUCAAUCGCUCAAGACGAGUCAGGAGUCACUUGCGACAGCCGAUGAACGGACGCGGUAUUUAACAGAUCAUAUCUAUCACAUAAUCAGCAGAAGACCAGAAUGCUUCCAUCGUCGAGCUCACUUGCGCAAUGCUGCUGUGAAACCACCGUAGAAUCGAGAUGCCAGAUGAUCUCACCGGUCUGGCGAAAGAUUGUAAUUACGGCGGAGACACUGCGCAGUGAUGCAAGGAUAUUACCGUCCGCGAGUGGAUAUAGCGAAUUGAUGAGUGGCCAGUGUUCUCUAGGAUAGUGCGGUUGGGGCUUGAACUUUUCCGGGUCCAAAUGAUCGAUCGCUUUCCCAGACCAGAGCAGUUCCCCCGACAGAUAAUCAAGUCUCUACUUGUUAUUUUCACG